AUGCGCGCCAUCUCCCUCUUCCUCGGCCUUGCGACCCUCGGCAUCGCUGCCGUCCUUCCCAGAAACGCCACAGACGGCGUGUACGUGGUCACAUUAGAUGACGCCGGCAACGAAGUGCACCGCCGCGUAGCCGACCCCCUCGUUUCGAAGAGGGAUGGUAUAGGAAGCGCCAUCGGCAUCGACAUCGGCAUUGGCGCCGAGCGUGCCUACAAGGUAAAUGUCAAGUGCCACUGCUACCACGACCUGCCCAAGAAGGACGUAGAGGCCGCCGUCGCGGAUCUCAAGUGGCAGGUUGGGCCGUUUCAGCAGUUCGGGUUCCCGGCCAUAUACUCGCGCCGUGGCGACGUGGUUGCUUUCGCCUGCAACCCCGGUCUGAAUAUGGCGUACACCUCGAGAUGGCUCAUCCCCCGGAUGCUGGACGCUGUGACGCAGAAGUGUGGGAAGAACGUGAUCGGCGCGUCCACCCGGCCAAGCAGCGACAGCUACCCGGAGGCAUACGUGGGCUACAUGCAAUACCUUGAAGGCUACAGAUAA